CAGAAUAGCGUCGGGGAAUUCGGCAUGCGUAUGGCGCGUGCUGGAGUUUUGCGAGCUGUGGUAGUAACUAGUAUAGUAUGGCUAUUGGCUGAUGUUGUGGUACUAUUCUACUAUCUAGAUUCUGGUAGUUCUACAAACAAUCGAAUACCCAUACCAUCAGCUUCUAUGAGAAACGUCUCAUAUGAAUUGAUGCUUUCAUUUGUUUUAGUAAAGUCUUUCCAACCUCCUCAAUAUGGUGAGAACGGAGUUGGAGUUUCUUUGCCUGCUGAAAUGGCAGCAGAGAAGGAUAGACGAUUCUUGGAGAAUCAGUUCAAUGUUAUUGCUAGCGAAAUGAUUUCCGUCAACAGGUCCUUACCUGAUUAUCGUUCUGCCGAAUGCCAAGCCAAAACGUUUCUGCCAGACCUGCCAAAAACUUCCAUUAUUAUUGUUUUCCAUAACGAAGCUUGGACAACGCUUCUUCGUACUUUGCAUUCUGUUGUAAAUAGAUCACCUUUGUCUUUACUUGAAGAGAUUAUUCUGAUUGAUGAUUUAUCUGAUAGAGAUUACCUCAAAGCUCCUCUCGAUGCAUACAUAAAGCGCUUUCCCGUUCCUAUGCGGAUUGUUCAUUUGAAGCGUAGGAGUGGUCUGAUCCGUGCACGUUUGACCGGUUCAGGAUUGGCUAAGGGGCGUGUUCUUCUGUUUCUCGAUGCUCACGUAGAGGUCACUGAAGGCUGGCUUGAACCGCUCAUAGACAGAGUGGCCAGAGACAGAAAGCGUGUAGUAGCUCCUAUCAUCGAUGUGAUCUCGGAUGAUACUUUUGAGUAUGUAACUGCUUCUGACACAACUUGGGGAGGUUUCAAUUGGCAUUUGAACUUCCGAUGGUAUCCGGUGCCAAAGAGAGAAAUGUUGCGAAGGAAGGGCGAUCGCGCUUCACCUAUUCAAACGCCAACCAUUGCUGGAGGUCUUUUCGCCAUCGACAGGCAGUUCUUCUACGAUAUCGGCUCUUAUGACGAAGGCAUGCAAGUAUGGGGAGGAGAAAAUCUAGAAAUAUCAUUCAGAGUGUGGAUGUGUGGCGGAUCAUUAGAAAUUCAUCCUUGUUCUCGUGUUGGUCAUGUGUUCCGCAAACAAACACCUUACACCUUCCCCGGCGGCACUGCUAAGGUUAUUCAUCAUAAUGCUGCUCGUACCGCUGAGGUAUGGAUGGACCAUUACAAGCAGUUCUUCUAUAAGACUGUUCCAUCUGCGCGUAAUGUUGAUCCUGGUGAUGUGUCUGGAAGGAAACAGCUCCGCAAUAAUUUGCAGUGCAAAAACUUCGAAUGGUACCUGAAAAAUAUUUAUCCGGAAGCUCCACUACCAUAUGAUUACAAGUCUUUGGGGGCCAUUGCAAAUCAGGGAACUAGGCUAUGUCUUGAUACCAUGGGUAAGAAGGAUGGACCUGUUGGCAUACAGACAUGUCAUGGAUCAGGUGGAAAUCAGAAGGGGCUCACAUGGGGAGCGUUUGAAGCUGACGAUCAGGUUUUUUACUGCUAA